UUUCAAUCUGUUGACAAUGAAGUGUUAUCAUAGAUAAAGCCAACCAAAGAUUAUCGUCAUAUAUAGAGUAUGGGUGAAAGAUGAAAAGUUUCUACUGUUUUGUUCAUUUAGAAUAUCAUAGACAAUAACUAAUGAAGUCUUUGCAUCAAACUGUCAUUGUUUAACUUAUUUUCCUUUCAUAAUUUCCUCCUAACAACAAUUGUAUCUUAACAGUAAUAGUGAUAAUAGUGAUUAUUCUCUCUCCUGGAUUACGUCAGAUAGUCAUAUCAACUACCAACUAAUGAAUAUGUUACAAUUUCAAAAAUUAUCUUUUGUUAUUUUAACAACUCUUUAUUUAUCACUACCAUGGAUCAUAUCCAUGGUGAAUACGUUACCAGCAACGAAUAACAAUGAUCCAAAUAUUCUAUAUCGUUUCCCACCAUCAUCAUCAGGAUCAUUAUCACAUCAAAAUGGAGUAGAAAGAGUUUAUUUACCAGAAGAACUUCUUGCACAACUGUCAAAUGAUCCAUAUUUCAAUUCAAUGUAUUUACCAAAACGAGCUGCUUACAUGGAUUUACCAUGGGGUAAACGUGCUUUAGCUAAACGUGCAGCUUAUAUUGAUUUACCAUGGGGUUAA